GACCUGCAACCUGCUACUGAAUACUCUGUCACUGUCUGCACUGUGCUGGAAAAUGGAAAGCAAAGUCAACUGGUGUUAACAACCCUCACAACAACAAAGGUCCAAGCACCAGGUGACUUGAAGGUAGACCAGCUGAAACCUACCUCCCUCACCAUUAGUUGGAGUAAGGCUCACGGAAUGGAGCAAAUCCCACAUCACUUCCUCAUCAGGGUAGCCAGAGGCCUAGAAGGAUCCAAAAUCCAAACCCAAAUAACUGAUCCCCAAGAAGAGUACACUGAAUACUGCCACAGAAAAUGUUGUGACCUGCAACCUGGUACUGAAUACACUGUCAGUGUCUCAACUGUGCUGAAGAAUGGGGAACAGAGUGAACCUGUUUCUACAACCAUCUGCACAAAGCUCAGUCUGGAACUGUAUAUGCAGAAAGUUGGACUGAAACAGUAUUUCACACAGAAGAUGUCGUUGAAUACCGUACUUGCAGUCGAUGGCCAGAUGUUAGAGGACAACCAUGCUCCUACUCUACAGUCCCUACCAUUGUGUUUUCUGAAAGAACUGAUGAGGGUGAAUGUGUCAGCAAGGGAUUUGCAGUCUGAUGAUACAGAUCUUAUGAACCCUCUAGACCUCAUAACAGCCCUGUUUCUGUGUUCAGAUGGUUUCCUGCAGCAGGAUAUUGCCCUGAAAAUGUCCAUGUGUCAAUUUGCUGUUCCUCUCCUGCUGCCCAACUGUGACACAGAACAAAGCACUUUGAUGCUGUGGGCCAUGAGGGACAUAGUGAAAAAGUACAGGCCUCAUUCAAUGAAAGACCAGAAAGGGUAUGUUGAGAACAGUAUUGUGCUUACUGACCUCCCUAUGGUGUCAUUUGUUAGACUGGGCAACAGCACAUUAUCAAAGUCUCAGCUUUUGAAUGAUGUUCUAAGCUGUUCUCAGCAGAAUUACAACACCUUUGUUCAUGGUGACAUGCCAGCUGGCAACAUUCCAAGAACUAUUUCUGAUGGGUUAGUGGAAAUCAGCUGGUACCUGCCCAGUGGCAACCCAAAAAUUGACGUCUUCACUGAAGCUGUGGCUGUAGCUAAUCUUCGUGGUGAUAUCCAGGAUUUUCAGACCCAGUUCUCUUUCCUCUGCGAGACGUCAGCAGCAGUGUUUGUGUUCUGUGAUGAUUUGGGCUCUGACAGCAGUAUUCUGAACCUCCAGAAGAUGAAAGAUCGACUCGUCAUUGUGUGCAACUCUGAGGCUAAGAGCUAUGAUGCAGCCACAUUUGAGAAACACUCUGGAGCCAUAAUAAGGAAAGACAGGAAAAUAAACAACGCACAGCUUGUGAAGAAGCUCCGGUCUGCAGUCACAGACGUCAUGAAGGCAAACCCACACAAAACUAAAGUGGAGGAAAUGCGUGUUGUUGCGCAUGAGUUGGGUAUCCCUGUGGAUGAAGACGAUUAUAUCUGUCUGAGAGCCAAGAAAAGUGCAGCUUUAAUUACAGAUAAAAUAUCUUGCAUAUCAAGCUAUAAGGAGAGCCAGCUGCCAUUACAGGGAGAGAUAUGGAAAAGUCUGACUGAACUGGAGAAAGAGGAGGUCAAGCUGAAAAAUGUAGGUGAUAAGGAUAUUGAAAUGUACAAGAGUGAACUCAAGCAAGAGAAAUAUGAACUCAGGAAGAAGCAGCUGUCUCUUGGAAUUAGUGAUAGUAUGAAACAUUUUGUGGAAGGUUUGAGGACUUCCAAAGAAGAGCGCUCCUAUUUCCUAAAGUGGAUGAAGCUCAAUCUGGACAACCUGUCAAGAACACGUCUGUCCGCUCUCAGAGAAGAAUAUAAAAAACUGUGUCAGAUUACCCCAGACAAGAAAGACCUCAUUGCCGAUUUAGACAAACAGAUCUCAAACAGUUCCUUAGGAACAGAACAUUUCUUAAGAGAAGUUGGACAGAUAUACGAAGCAACCAUGUUCUCUGAAAGCAGUGAGACUCAACAGAAAGUUCAAGGACUGCCAAUAAUCUGUGCCAAAUUAAUGUUGGAGGGGUUUCCACUGGAGCUGAUGGAUGGUGAUGCAUCAAACAUCCCAAUGAAGUGGAUAUCAGAUGUUCUGCAGGAGCUCCACUCUUUGACUACGCCAAACAAUAAGAUCCGGGUGGUUUCUGUUUUAGGGGUCCAAAGCUCUGGAAAGUCCACUCUUCUGAAUACCAUGUUUGGGGUCCAGUUUGCCGUCAGCAGCGGAAGAUGCACCAGAGGUGCCUUCAUGCAGCUUAUCAAAGUCGAAGAGGAAUUCAGGGAUGAACUAAAAUGUGACUUCAUCAUGGUCAUUGACACAGAGGGGCUAAGGGGACUUCAAUCUACCCACCUUACUGACAAUUAUCAGCAUGAUAAUGAACUAGCCACACUUUUGGUAGGACUGAGUGACAUAUCAAUUGUGAAUAUUGCUAUGGAGAACACCACAGAUAUGAAAGACACAAUGCAGAUUGUAGCCCAUGCCUUCCUCAGAAUGAAAGAAUUAGGGAAGAAGACCAGUUGUCAGUUUGUGCACCAGAAUGUUGCAGAUAUAUCUGCUCAUGACAAAAACCUCAGGGACAGGAAUUGUUUUCUAGUGCAGCUGAAUGAGAUGACAGCUGUUGCAAGCAGGAUGGAAAAUGCAGGUGAUGACACUAAAUUCACUGACAUCAUAGACUACAAACCUGAGGACAACUAUUACAUCCCAGGUCUCUGGCAUGGCAGUCCACCCAUGGCACCUGUUAAUGAAGCAAGAGAAUUCCAAAAAAUGCAUGAGGCUUUCAUUAUAGACAAUGAUCCUCAACAAAGCCUGAAGAAACUGAAACAGCAGUUCUUGGCUGACUUCAAGGACCUAUUCUACAAGAGAGACCAGUGCAAAAGGAAGGCUGAAGAGUUCACCAAACACUGUCUGGAACCUGCAGUAAAGGAAGUCCCAGUAAAACCGCUGUCUCAUAAGCCACAAUGUGCGCUGCUGGCCCUGGUGACCAGCAUCAUCAUGAACUCCCUUCAACACAAGGCCUCUCAAAGACACAGGAGCCAUAGACGUUCCACAGCCAUCCACGGGCUGUUCACAGGAGAGGCGGAACAUGUCUUGAACAUCAUCCACUUGAAGACCUCUGGCUUCCUCCAGCAGGACAUCAUAUGGAAUUCUUGUCAGUCGGUGCAGAACUGUGGAGCUGACAAAUGGCUCUCUGCUCAAAGCAUCAGCAACAACAUUCUUGGGACCUGUGUUAAAAGUACGGCCCUCAUUCUUCUAACUGACCUGCUGGAUCACCUGGAGCAGGAUGAGCUGAACAGGUUCAGGUUUUAUCUUAUUGACCAAACUCUGGAGGGUUUCAAACACAUCCCAAAAAGGUCAUCUGCCUACAUGUGA